AUGCGACAGGUGAGGCUGGCUACACGCUGCAGGCUUGUUUAUGCUUCUAUGGAACGUGAACUCAGAAAGUGUGUUAAGAUUCCUAGUAUGUGUCCAGCAGAGGACAAAGGACAACUCUCCAAAGGUUUAAGAGAGGUGAGUGGCCAUUGGCUGUCCAUCUGUCCUCCAUCAACGGUGCGACUGAAGACAGGGCUCCGCUUCCUUUGCCGGCCCCAGUUCUCGCACCGGCUUCCUUUUCAGCAGCUCGUCAACACUUGGACUACAGGCCGACUCUCUUGGCGAGGCCCAAUCCUUUCUGACACUCCCGUCACACUGUCCAUCUGUCGUCUGAUUUUACUGUUGCACUCGAUGCACGUGCUUCACCUCCCCUGCUGGCCGGCUUCCUUCCUCUCCCGGGCCGGGGCUGCAGUGGCGGCCUCCUGCACACACAGCUCCGAUGCGCCUCUGGCCCGGCUCCGAAUCCGGCUCCGACCCACCGGCGUUCCCGAUCCGAGUUCUCGGUCUCCAACCCUCUCGCCUGCCCCUGCAGCCACUGCUUCCUCCAACUCCGCUCCAGCUGCUCGAGACUCCUCUCCGUCAGCUCGCAGCUCCGGCGCCCAGCUCCGUCCCCGCCUUCGGUCCAGCCCCGUGCGCCCCGCCCCCGAGCCCGCGCCAACCAGCGCCCGCAUCCCCGCCCCUCUCCGCUGGCGCCGCGCCCUCAGCGGCUGCCACUCUCGGAGGCCGGCUCCCAACCCGGCAGCCAGGAGGCGGAGCUCCGCCCCUGCGGACCCUUCCUGUCGCCCAGCCAGCCAGGGCGAGCAGCUAGCCCUGCUUGCCUUCUGCCCCGCUGCGGGGAUGCCCUGGCCACUGGGGCUUGCGUUACCUCCGCUGUGGAGUGCUUUGGGUUGGAGUCCUCCAGGCUGCUGCUCGCCUGUGUGGAGCCGGCUCGGCUGCUGGACGUCUCCCAGACCAGAGACAGCGGGGUUGGAGGAGGUCGAGAACAAGUUCAGACUUAGAGGCUGUUUCUCUAAUCCCAGCGUCUUGAAACAAACCCCAGCCUCUUUCGAGCCUCCAGCCCCCCAGCACGGUGGCUGGGAGGACCACUCAGAUUCUGGAGCAAAGCCCGGAGGCCCUGCAAUUCCCAGCCUGGCCAGCACAGCCUCUGGAGUGAGCGGAAAAACCACGCCACCCGGAGCGGCUCCUCUGGGUGAAGGAGGGGUGAAAGGGUGA